CCUCUGUAAGAAAAUCGAGAAACAAUUAGAUUCGAGUCCAUGAACAUAAGUGCCGAUGACUCAUGGCCCAUGAAUCAUCGAAAUGCGUCUGCAUUUCCCAUUGACCUUUCUUCCCGAACUCCGGUCACUCUCUCGGAACUGGCACAACCGUCACGGUUCAAUGCCCGCCCAUAAUCAGCCACGACCAUCGGCGGCUAGAUCUUUUAGCUCUAACUAGAUCCUUGUUAUUGGAACCCUAUACUAACCCGACAAUGGACAUCCUCAUCGCCCAGAUCCAGGCAGACCUCCGCUCCAAUGACGCCCUCCGGCAGUCUGGUGCCCUCCUCCAGGCUCUACAGCAGUCGGCGGCCGGGCGCGACAUAUCUGCCGUUGCCAAGUCCACCGUGGAUGAGAUCAUCGCUUCCCCAUCAUCCGCCGUCUGCAAGAAGCUCGCCUUCGAUCUCAUCCGCUCCACCCGCCUCACCCACGAUCUCUGGGAAACUGUAUGCUCCGGGGUCCGCACCGACCUCGACUUUCCCGAUCCCGAAGUCGCUGCCGCCGCCAUUUCCAUUCUCUCCGCCGUCCCCUCUCACCGCCUCGCCAAGCUCAUCUCCGACUGCCACAAGGAGAUCUCGAGCUGCUUCGAUUCCCCCAGCGACAACCUGCGGUUUGCCGUCACGGAGACCCUCGGAUGCAUUCUCGCUCGCGAUGACCUCGUGCUCCUCUGCGAGAACAGCGUCGGUCUUGUCGAACGCGUUUCUAACUGGUGGAUGCGGAUUGGGAACAAUAUGCUUGACCGUUCCGACACUGUCUGCAAGAUCGCCUUUGAAUCCAUUGGCCGGUUGUUCCAGGAGUUCGAAUCCAAGAGGAUGAGCCGCCUUGCUGGGGACAAGCUAAUUGAUAGCGAAAAUUCUCUCGCGAUACGUUCUAACUGGGUCAUGAAUGCCAUUGAUCUCGUGUGGAAGAAGAGGAACAUUCUGAUACAGAGGUCGAUGAUUCUUCCAGUUGAAAACUUUCGGAUUACUGUCUUUCCUCUUGUGUAUGCGGCCAAGUCUGUAGCUUCUGGUGCAGUGGAGGUGUUUCGUAAGCUCUCGAAGUCUGGCGGAACUGCAUUUGAUACCCUAAGCGCCGAGAAGAUUGUGGGAGUUUCUGAUGUAGUCUCGCAUCUAUUGCCGUUCUUGAGCUCUCUGGAUCCACCCUUGAUAUUUGAGGUUGGAAUUAAUAUGCUUUCGUUGGCUGAUGUUCCUGGUGGGAAGCCAGAGUGGGCCUCUGCCUCUAUUAUUGCAAUUCUUACACUUUGGGACAGGCAAGAGUUUUCCUCUGCUAGAGAAAGCAUUGUAAGAGCUGUUGUGAACAAUCUCCACCUCCUUGAUCUUAGCAUGCAGGUUUCAUUGUUUAAGAGGCUUCUUCUUAUGGUGAGAAAUUUGAGGGCAGAGUCAGACCGCAUGCAUGCUUUGGCAUGUAUUUGUCGUACUGCUCUUUGUGUAGAUCUUUUUGCAAAGGAAAGUGUGCGAAGAGGUCAGAAGCCUCUUCCAGGCACAGACAUUACUUCACUUUUUGAAGAUGUGAGAAUAUAUGAUGACCUAAACAGUAUAUCAAGUAAAAGCCUUUUUAGAGAGGAACUUGUUGCUUCACUGGUUGAAAGCUGUUUUCAAUUGUCUCUACCUCUGCCUGAACAGAAAAAUUCCGGUACUGAGAGCAGAGUUAUUGGGGCUUUGGCUUAUGGAACCGGAUAUGGUGCACUGAAUUGGACAGAGUCUGCCUUGGAGGUUGUGGAAGUUUGUAGGCCUUGUGUUAUGUGGGAUUGUGACGGGCGGACUUAUGCUAUAGAUUGUUAUUUGAAGUUACUUGUCAGACUUUGUCAUAUAUAUGAUACAAGAGGAGGCGUGAAAACAAUUAAAGAUGGUGCCUCUCAGGACCAAAUUUUGAAUGAGACAAGACUACGAAAUUUACAACUAAAGCUGCUCAAAGAUCUCCUUGAGGUUCAUACACCAAGGAUCUGUGCCCGUUUGAUUUGGUCCAUUGCGGAACACUUGGAUCUUGAAGGUCUGGAUCCACUUCUAGCUGAUGAUCCAGAGGAUCCUCUAAACAUCCUUAUUUCAAACAUGCACAAGGUGCUAUUCAGCAGUGAUACAUCUGCAAUCAAUUCUAAUAGGCUUCAAGACGUGCAAGCUGUUCUACUCUGUGCACAACGUUUAGGAUCAAGGAAUGCACGAGCUGGCCAACUUCUCAGUAAAGAACUCGAAGAUUUUAGAAAUAGUACGUUAGCUGAUUCUGUCAACAAACAUCAGUGCCGCUACAUCUUGCAGAUUAUCAAAUAUGUUUCCAGUCAUCCAGAAAGAAGAUGGUCAGGUGUAGGUGAAACAAGUGGAGAUUACCCUUUUAGCCACCAUAAAUUCACAGUGCAAUUCUAUGAGGCAUCUGCUGCUCAAGAUCGAAAACUGGAGGGAUUGGUACACAAAGCCAUUCAAGAACUGUGGAGACCAGAACCAAGCGAAUUAAGCCUUUUACUAACAAAGGGUAUUGAGUCUACUCUCCUCAAAGUUCCUCCAAAAGCACAUACUCUCAGUGGUAGUAGCGAUCCUUGUUAUGUGGAAGCAUAUCAUCUAGCAGACUCGAUCGAUGGGAGAAUUACAUUGCAUUUAAAGAUUCUAAAUUUGACUGAACUAGAGCUAAAUAGGGUGGAUAUCCGGGUUGGGCUCACUGGAGCUCUGUAUUUCAUGGACAAUUCUCAAGGAGUACGGCAGCUACGGAAUCUUGUUUCCCAGGAUCCUGUUCUUAGCAGUGUAACGGUGGGUGUAUCGCACUUUGAGAGGUGCGCACUAUGGGUUCAAGUCCUAUACUAUCCUUUCUAUGGAAGCGGAAAUUUUGACUAUGAGGGAGAUUAUGCCGAAGAGGAAGUUCAGAUGAUUAGACAAAAGCGCUCUUUGAAGCCAGAACUUGGAGAGCCUGUGAUAUUAAGAUGUCAGCCUUAUAAAGUUCCAUUAACCGACCUUCUUUCGCCACACAAGUGUUCGCCGGUAGAAUAUUUUCGUUUCUGGCCAAGCCUACCAGCUAUUUUAGAGUACACAGGAACCUACACUUAUGAAGGUAGCGGUUUCAAGGCUACCGCUGCACAACAAAGUGGGGCUUCUCCAUUUUUGAGCGGAUUAAAGUCGCUCACAUCAAAACCAUUCCAUCAAGUCUGCUCGCACCUUAUCCGGACGGUGGCUGGCUUUCAACUGUGCUUCGCCGCUAAAACUUGGUUCGGCGGCUUCUUGGGCAUGAUGAUAUUUGGCGGCAGCGAAGUUAGCAGAAAUGUCGAUUUGGGCGACGAGACCACCACGAUGAUGUGCAAAUUCGUCGUAAGAUCCUCCGAUGCUUCCAUAAUUAAGGAAAUAGGUUCAGACAUACAGGGUUGGCUGGACGACAUAACCGACGGCGGUGUCGAGUACAUUCCUGAAGAGGAGGUGAAGUUUGCUGCUGCCGAGAGGCUGAGAACCUCCAUGGAAAGAAUAGCACUGCUCAAAGCAGCCAGGCCUCCCCCUCAGCUUCCGAAGCCUGAGGAAGAGGAGAAGAAUGAGGAGGAAGAGAGGAAAAAGGAGGAAGAAGAAGAACCGGACGAGAAUGGAAAACCAAGGGGGCCUUCCACUCUAUCAACUCUUACAGCAGAGGAGGCAGAGCACCGUGCCCUCCAGGCUGCCGUUAUUCAAGAAUGGCAUAUGUUAUGUAAAGAAAAACCUAUUACUGCUAAUUAAAGUCUUAAUCAUCUCAUAUGUAUUUUUAGAGUGAGUUAUAGUCAGUAAGCAAAAUAUUUAGCUUGAGUAAGUUUAAUAUUAUCA